AUGCAGAGCGUCCCCGGGAACUGGACCAGCAGAAGGAAGAAUUAUGGAGUUAAAGACUGCAGCUUGAACUGAAAAACCCUGGACAGGCCGCAUGCUGCAGGGAACCCAGUCCAGACACCAGGAAAGCCCCUCUGCCCCUUCGGACCCCGUCCGUCUCCCAUCUACAAAACGUGGACAUUGGCCCAGUUGACCUGACUCUACAAAGAGGUGCAUAUACCACUGAAGCUGCUUUGUUUGCUUUUGUGUGUUGUAUUGAAUUUUCUAUUUUCAUGAGUCAUGGUUAGGAAAGCUUUCCCGUGUUUUCUGCUAAGAAAAAGCCAGCUUGGGCCAGGCGCAGUGACUCAUGUCUGUAAUCCCAGCACUUUGGGAGGCCGAUGCAGGCUGACCAUGUGAGGUCAGGAGUUCACCAGCCUGGCCAACAUGGUGAAACCACGUCUCUGCUAAAAAUACAAAAUUAGCUCACGUGGUGGUACAUGCCUGUAAUCCCAGCUACUUGGGAGGCUGAGGCAGGAGAAUCACUUGAGCCCAGGAGGCAGAGAUUGCAGUGAGCCGAGAUCACGCCAUUGCACUCCAGCCUGGGUAAAAAGAGUGAAAGUCUGUCUCGAAGAAAGAAAAAAAAAAAAAAGCCAGCUUGUUCACAGGGAAGGGAGUAAUAUGAGAAAACCCUGGGCCCCAGAUCACAGCGUCUUGCUAGGUGGCGAAGUUGAAAUUACUCACCUGGUGUCCUUCUCUGCCAGCCCCGCUGCAGGCUGAUCUGGGGAGGCCUCUGGCCCAGGGCAGAUACCGCCAUGGCCCUCCUCAUGCACCUGCUGGUCUGCAUCUUCGGAAUGGGCUCCUGGGUGACCAUCAACGGGCUCUGGGUAGAGCUGCCCCUGCUGGUGAUGGAGCUGCCCGAGGGCUGGUACCUGCCCUCCUACCUCACGGUGGUCAUCCAGCUGGCCAACAUCGGACCCCUCCUGGUCACCCUGCUCCAUCGCUUCCGGCCCAGCUGCCUUUCCGAAGUGCCCAUCAUCUUCACCCUGCUGGGCGUGGGAACCGUCACCUGCAUCAUGUUUGCCUUCCUCUGGAAUAUGCCCUCCUGGGUGCUGGACGGCCACCACAGCAUCGCCUUCUUGGUCCUCACCUUCUUCCUGGCCCUGGUGGACUGCACCUCCUCGGUCACCUUCCUGCCCUUCAUGAGCCGACUGCCCACCUACUAUCUCACCACAUUCUUUGUGGGUGAAGGACUCAGUGGCCUCUUGCCUGCCCUGGUGGCUCUUGCCCAGGGCUCGGGUCUCACUACCUGCGUCAAUGUGACUGAGAUGGCAGACAGCAUACCCAGCCCUGCACCCACGGGGGAGACUGGCAUCACACAGGGAAUUCCCAGAGCUUUGCCGUCCACUCUCCCCAGCACGGCAGCACCGCUGUCCUACCUGGAGACCCGCUACCUCCCCGCCCACUUCUCGCCCCUGGUCUUCUUCCUCCUGCUGUCCUUCAUGAUGGCCUGCUGCCUCGUGGCAUUCUUUGUCCUCCAGCGUCAACCCAGGUGCUGGGAGGCUUCCGUGGAGGAUCUCCUCAACGACCAGGUCACCCUCCACUCCAUCCGGCCACGGGAAGAGAAUGACUUGGGCCCCACAGGCACAGUGGACAGCAGCCAGGGCCAGGGCCAUCGAGAGGAGAAAGCAGCCCCCUGCUGCCCAGCCCACCUGGCCUUCAUCUAUACCCUGGUGGCCUUCGUCAACGCGCUCACCAAUGGCGUGCUGCCCUCUGUGCAGACCUACUCCUGCCUGUCCUACGGGCCGGUUGCCUACCACCUGGCCGCCACCCUCAGCAUUGUGGCCAACCCUCUCGCCUCCCUGCUCUCCAUGUUCCUGCCUAACAGGUCUCUGCUGUUCCUGGGGGUCCUCUCCGUGCUCGGGACCUGCUUUGGGGGCUACAACAUGGCCAUGGCGGUGAUGAGCCCCUGCCCGCUCCUGCAGGGCCACUGGGGUGGGGAAGUCCUCAUUGUGGCCUCGUGGGUGCUGUUCAGCGGCUGCCUGAGCUACGUCAAGGUGAUGCUGGGCGUGAUCCUGCGUGACCGCAGCCGCAGCGCCCUCUUGUGGUGCGGGGCGGCGGUGCAGCUGGGCUCGCUGCUCGGAGCGCUGCUGAUGUUUCCGCUGGUGAACGUGCUGCGGCUCUUCUCGUCCGCCGACUUCUGCAGCCUGCACUGCCCGGCCUAGGCGGGCCACCAACCCCGCCCCCAUCGCCCACAGCCGGGACCUGGGGUCCAGAGAGGCCAGGCCACAGAGCAAGUGGCAGGAGCAGAGAGGCAGAGUCUGACUACUUGAACCAUGAACGCAAGUGCCCGCUAGGGACUGUGGGGAAGGUCACAGGCCACCCGUGGGACCUGGAAAUGCAAGACACAGACAGCUCUACCCCCAACUCUGUGUCACAGUCCCUGUGACUGCCAGUUCAGAUCGCCUUUGCUUUGACUGUCUAGAACGGACCGAUUUGCAGCGUGUAGCCAGAGGCGGGCCCAAGGGUGUUAGAAGGGACGGUUGGGAGCGUGAGCUGUCCCUUCAGGCUGUGUGCCUUGGAGAAAUCACUUGGCUUCUCUGUGCCUGUUUCCUCAUCCAUGCAAUGGGGAUUACCAUCCACCUCACAGGCAUGGCACGGAGGCAAAAGGAAGCAGCAGCCGGCAUAAAGCAAGCCCUCCUGAGCCAUCUGCUGAUGUGACAGUCCAUGGUGGUGACAAGAGUGACAGUCAACACAACCUAGAAAUGGCCAGAAAGGUUGAGAAAGGCCCCUGCCCUCUCUCCUUUUCCCCGAAGUCUCACAGAGGGGCUUCUGCAAGACAGGUGGCUAACGGUAGAAUCUUGAGCAUCUGGGCUCUCAGAUUCCCAGCACCCUUUUCUGGCAUCCUCCCUGGCCCAUGAAGCCCUACUUGUUGGAGAGUAUGUGCCCUCCCGGAGGCAGGGGGAGAUGAUUUGCUGGUGGGGCCAGGGAAGGCCCACCCAUGAGCCUCUGAAAGCACACUCCCCCACCAGGCUGGGGACCAGACAUGCAGAACCCCUGGAAGUAGUCUCUCAAAUGGAGGGGGCGGGGUGAUUGUUAUUUUGUUUUACUUUUCGUUUUUCAUUUUUUUAAAUAAAGACAUUCUCUGCUUUUA